AUGGACAUUCAACAUCAGCUCAAAGAUGCAAUUGGAUUAUGCGAUGAAAAAAUAUUUAGAUAUAUUGGUGGAAGCGAUAGCAAAGAUGAUAAAAUUGCGUCUGAUUAUGUGGUUGAAGAGGUUGUCGAUACCCAAAACAAAACGUUUUUCUGCGUCAUGAUUUGUUUGGUGUACAGGAAAUUACAUACCGGAUUAAAUGUAGUAGAUACCGGUAUCGUUAAAAGAUCCGGAGAUGGAAAUGAACUUCCCAAAACCAUUUGCGCCAUUCAUUUUGAUCGUAUUGAUUAUGAGAAUUAUCAGAAAAUAACCAUUAUAUAA